GUUCCUUGGAUUACUGGGAUAACAUGCCGUAGUCGGUUUCUUGCUGGCGAAAAAUUACUUCCUGAAAAGCAUCUCACGACUAUUUUCUAGCCAUAUCUUAUUCAUUAAUAAAGUACAUUCUAGUUAACAAUGGCUGCAGCCGCCAAACCCAGUGGACCGCGCACGCUGACGAAUACAAUCAGGUUGCUCAUUAAUGCGGGCGCAGCCAAGCCAGCUCCACCUGUGGGACCAGCGCUGGGUCAGGCGGGGCUAAAUAUUAUGGGUUUCUGCAAGGAGUUCAACGCCAAGACUGCCAACUUCAAGGAGGGCACCCUGCUGCGUGUGAAGCUGCGGGUGUUCUCCGACAAGACCUACGAGUGGGACCUCAAGAUGCCGCCCAGCACCUGGCUCAUCAAGAAGGCAGCGGGUCUGGCUCGCGCGGCGGAGAGCCCCGGUCACGAGGUGGUGGGCACCAUCUCGCUCAAGCACCUGUACGAGAUCGGGCGCGUGAAGCAGCGCGACACGCCCAACGUGCCGCUGCAGUCCAUUGUGACGGCGCUGCUGCACACGUGUCGCAGCAUGGGGGUGCGGGUGGUGGCGCGGCCGGAGGAGGCGUGAGGGGGGGCGCGGAGGAGACGGGUGGGGUAGCGGGAGGAGGGGUAAAAACGGGAGAGACCGGAGGUCCCGGGAGGGUAGCAUGGAGGGAUUGGUGAAGGUGGGGGGAUAGAAACUAGGGCAAUGAUGGCAGAGAGGCUGCGCAGCAAAGCAACAAAGCAGGGGAGACGAGGAGGAGGUUGCGGGUGCGGGUGCGCUGCAACGGUGACGCCCAAGCAAGUAAUGUGUUCUAGGACUGCCGCUUGCUGCCACUCUCCGCUGGACUCGUAGGACUCGCUAGCGGGGUGGCGACCAGCAGGAGCAGGUCGCUCGGUGCGGAGAGCGACAGCAAGAGCAGCAAGUGGCAGCAGCAAGCAGCCAGCAGGAGCUAGCUACGCAGGUCUGCGGGCUGUUGCUGCUGGCGCCGCACGUACCGGCAGCUCUUGCAGCUCAUCACCCCGGCAGCAGCGCACGCCAGGGCGUUGCAGCUUGGGACCACACCGCACCUCAGUCCGAGGUGUGGGAGGGGUGGUGGGGCAACGCCUGCCGGGAGGUGGCCUCCUGCCCCCUACGAUACCCGCGGUGCACAGCUGAGCCGCAGUGCAUGGCUCGCCAGCCACGGAGCAGGAGA